CUGUCUCUUCUAAUGAACUCUGGGGUGAUAUUUCUUAUUUUUCCGUUGAUAAUUUCUUGUGAUGCGUGGAACACAGAUGAACUUCAGAUGUUUGAUCUCAUGGAUGAACUGAAAAUAAGUUUCUACGAUUUUUUGGGUGUCGAGCAGACUGCUUCUUCUUCGGAGAUUAGAAGCGCGUACAGGAAACUCUCUGUUAAACUCCACCCAGAUAAGAAUGUGGGUGAUCCGGCUGCCGCCGACAAGUUUCGUCAACUCGCCUCAAUAUAUGAAGUAUUGAAAGAUGAUGAACGACGCAAAAGCUAUGAUGAAGUACUGGAAAACGGGAUGCCGGACUGGAAAACAACUGUUUUCUACUACCGCAAAUUGCGGAAGAUGUCGAAUAUUGAGCUGGGGAUUCUUUUCGUCCUUCUCUCAACAACCAUCCAUUAUGCCGCACUUUGGGGUGCCCGCUUUGAGAGAUCUUGGACUUUGGAAGAGCAGUUGAGCAAUCACUACAAACGUCACAAAGCUCGUGACCGAAGGCGAGAAGAAAUUGACGAACUUAUUACUACAGAGCUGCGCAAAAUCCCUCGACCAAAGUGGCACGAUUUACUACCGUUCGCGAUCUGCAAGGGAGUGUAUUCGCUCAUAUUGGCUCUCCUUGUGCUCCUGCACUUUGCCAAGGUGCAUGUUUCUGAAAAGAUUGAAGAGAAGCGACAAACUUGGCGGGAGCUUGAGGACAAGAAAGUGAAGACGGAGGUCAAAGAGCGGAAACGACGUAACAAGGUUCAACCGACUGACAAGUCCACUCCGUAUGAUGCAGAAACCCUGAAUGCUUUCGUUAGUUUGGCCGAUAUACCACCUGAAACUACACGAGAGCCUAUCAGUGAGAACGUGGAGAAAACAUCCAAUAGGGAGUGGUCUGAAGAGGACGUCAUCGAACUUGUACAUGCCGUAUCCCGAUUUCCUGGUGGUGUGGCCGGUCGCUGGGAACGAAUUGCUGCUCAACUCAAUCGGACGGUUUCGGACGUCACAAAGAAGGCCAAAGAGCUUGGGGAAAGGAAACUGUAUGCGGUCUACCAAAAGAGCCAAAUGUCCUACGAGAUUCCCGCUUUCGAGACGAAUUUUAAUGCUGUCUGCGGUGAGACCUCGGAGGAGGAGGAAGAAGGUGCUGACGAAAGUCAGCUUGACUUCGAGUCGAAAACAGACCCAGAAACUCCGUAUGAAGAAGUGGAGCAGGCAGAUGUGAUUGUCGACGAACCAUACAUGAGCCGCAAAAAGCAGAAGCAACAAAAACUGGCCGUUCGCAAAGAGGUUACAGAGUGCAAACCGUCUGAAAAUUCGUCAGAUGGCUGGACACAAGUGGAACAGAAACAACUAGAAGUUGCCAUCCGUUCGAUCUCGAAAACGACUGCGGAGCGAUGGGAUCGAAUCGCCGACUGCGUUCCCACAAAAACUAAGGCUGAAGUGAUGCAACGGGUGAAGUACUUGUCUACCUUAGCAAAAUCAAAAGCGACCCAGCGGUGAACAAAAUCAACUGCUUCAUUCCGUAGACGUGAUCCUGGUUAUUCGCUUUGCUGUCGUUUUCUGUGAUAAUUUACGCCUGUUGUAUGUAUUCCGCGGUAAGAUGGGUUGACAUACUGUGCGGUCCUUCUCUCUUGUACAAUCUCUCCCAACUUGUUUGCUUGGAAUUCUGUGUUUCAACGUGACAACCUCAUGACCUCAUUCUUACGUACAAUCCAACAUAUUAUAACUUGGAGUUAGAUGUUUAGUGCACCAUGAACGGGAUGAACAUACCCACAUCUCUGGUCUUCAAUUUUGCUGCCACUGCUCCCAACUUUAGAUAAUCGGUGUUCGUAACGAAGGUUCUCGGCAUAAACGUCAUUAUAAGAACACAUUCGCUUCCACAAGUCUCUUUAAUGCUCGCAAUAUUUCUGAUUUAGUGUUUUUUUGAUGUAUGCGGUGCUUGAAUGCGUGGUUCGCCGA